GCUUCCACUACCAUCCACUACUCUACCACCCCCGCAACCAGCAAUCCGCGACCGAUAUAUAAUCCGCAACAACGGCCCUCCACCAGACGACAUUCACGAGCCGCAGACCGCAUUUCCCACCAAACCACAGCUGAGCCCGACCGUCUCUCUACGAAGACCACGAUGCCGUCCCCGCCCGCCGCCGCCGAUGCCUCCUCCAGCUCCAUCACCACAACCACCACCCCACCCACAAGUGACUCGGUAACAGCCUUGGAUUACAUCAACUCGCAGCUACAGCUCGAAUCCGAAGCGCGCGAAGCGCUCCCGUACAGCUUCGACGCGUGCACGCGGCCUCUGGGGGUAUUACGGCAGAGCCUGUACGCGUGCAAGACGUGUACGUCGCGGACACCCAGCACACCUCCCCCGUUCGGCUGGCUCAACGACCACGCCGGCGGCGGCGGCGCGGCGCUCUGCUACAGCUGCUCGAUCUCCUGCCAUGGCGACCACGAGCUCGUCGAGAUCUUUGAGAAGCGCGGGUUUCGGUGCGAUUGUGGAACGCUGAGGGUGCCCGGCGUCGCAUGCAAAAUUAGGAAGGAGAUAGAUGCGGAGGCGGAGGAUGAGAGACUAUACGGUCAGAACUUCUGGGGCAGGUUUUGUAUCUGUGAGGCGGUGUAUGAACCGGAGAAGGAGGAUGGUGUCAUGCAUCAGUGUUUACUCGGUGACGUCUGCCAGGAGGAUUGGUUCCACGAUACGUGUAUGGUGGGACGCGAGCCGCCGGCGUAUGUUAAGGAGCAGAAGAAGAAGGAGAAGGAGGAGGCGGAGUUGAGUGGGGAGGAGAGUGUGAAUGGGACGAAGGAUAUGAACGGAAAGUUACCGGCCGGCACAGGUGAAGAAGCAGCUACCACAUCGGUUGCGGAGAAGGAAAAGGACAGUACACAUACUAAAGGUUUCGCUACAGUAGCAGACGAAAAUCGGGAGGAAGAUGAGGAGGAGGAGGAAGAAGAUGACGAUGACCGUGCCAAACGUCUCGGCUUCCCCGAGGACUAUGCCAACGUGAUAUGUUGGAAAUGUCUGGAAGCGAAUCCGUGGCUGAAGCAGCUCGCCAGCUAUCCGAAAUUCUUCGCACUCGAGCGGAAAGGAGCAGUAAGCGAGCAGGAAGCAACCACCACGGUCGCCAUUGGUUGCUCCCCACCGAAGACCGAAGCCUCACAGCCAGAGCCACAACACGGCCAUAAGCGCAAAGCGUCCGAUCCCUCGGAGGAAGGGUCCUCCUCCUCCUCCACGAAACGCGCACGGGCGGAAGACCUUAAGGUGGAGACCACGGUCACCUGCACGCUCCCCUCCCCAUCUCCCCUCCCCACUGUAUUCUCGCUCCUCCUACCCAAGGCAUUCCGCAAGGCGCUCUGCCACUGUCCCUCCUGCUUCCAGCACCUCCGGGCCUUCCCGAUCCUCCGGGAAAAGGAGGAGGCGCAUGAGCCGCAGGUCAGCCGCUCCGCCUCGCCAACCGGCAGCAUCUUCGAGGAGGGCGAGCGCGCGCUCAACGGCAUGGACCGCGUGCGUGCCAUCGAGGGCGUGCUGGCGUACAACCAGCUGAAGGAUCGCGUCAAGGCUUUCCUCGAGCCGUUCGCUAAGAGCGGGAAGGUCGUUGGUGCCGAGGAUGUGGCGGCGUACUUUGAGGGACUCAAGGAGGAGAGAAAGUAGUGCUCAAAUAUCUAUCUAUCUUUCGGAAUGGAAUGGAAUGACAUGUGAUGGUUGCUCUGUAUUGUUACCUAUCUCCUGUUUCCAUGUAGCAUACAUACCCUCGGGAAAAGCAUAAUUGUCAUGUACCUACCAUUCCUACUGUAAUGUGCUUUGGUGAUUUCGCUGGCGCGGUGUAUGUUGACUGUCUUUGUGCUGCGGCCCGGGUUGAAUCGCCGGUGGUGAUCCGGGAAGCGGACUACAUAUUCCCGGGCUUCGAUUCGCUUCUUCUCGCUAGUUAGUCCGUCG